ACAAUAGUAUAGUACCCUAGCGAAAAAUUUCAUUUUCAUUUAAAUAGGGCAAUGGUUUUGUUUGUGUGAUUGAGAUUGCGCCCUGGGCGAUCGCCCACAAUGCCCAUAGGAAAAACUGCCACUGCAUACAAGGCUGAACUUGACAAACUAGUUUCUCCCGUGGCUCUCUAUCAGCCUAUCAGUUCUGCAGACAAAAAACGGCUUUUCACCUGAAUAUCUUGGAUGCACAGACAGACUCGGUAUAACCACCUCCCUCUGUGCAGACGGUAUUACAACAGUGCCGGUUUAGAGAGACACACGGGAAAAAACAUUCAACUGCUCUGCAUCCCUUCCACGCGGAAAGUUGACCCCCCCCCCCAUAUCAGCAUCGUCAGGCAGACAGGAACCCCUUUUGGCCCUGACGCCGCGGUCAGUCUCUGACUGAAAUGUCAACAGCGGGCCGGACAGCAGGUGGGGCGUGAAUCCGCGUGGGCUGUGAGCGCGGCGGGAAGACUUCAGCUCAGCUCAGGCGCUGCGCAAAGCGCGCUCGGACUGGCAGCAGGUGCGCAGCGCAGCAUGGCGCGGCGCUCCCGGCUCUCCUUUGCGUCCAUCGCGCUGCUGGUCUUCGCACUUGUCGUCAUCUUGCUCCUCACCGUCCCCACCCAGGACGUCCAGGAGGCGCCGGGGUUUAUGUACGGGAUCGUCUUGGAUGCUGGAUCCUCACACACAGCUUUGUUCAUCUAUAGAUGGCCUGCAGACAAGCAGAAUGGCACGGGCGUGGUCACCCAGCACGCAGAAUGCCAUGUGCAGGGUGAAGGCAUUUCCAGUUAUGCAGGCCAAAAAGGGGAAGCAGGGGAGAGCCUGGUGGCCUGUCUGGACCAGGCAGUCAGGGAUAUUCCCAAAGACAAGCACCAGCUCACACCCGUAUAUCUGGGAGCCACAGCAGGCAUGAGGCUUUUGAAUAUUUCCAACCCAAAGCAGUCGGAUCAGAUUCUGAAGGAAGUGGGAGACAAGAUCAAGUCAUACCCUUUCAAAUUUGAAGGCGCCGCCAUACUGAGCGGUCAGGAGGAGGGCGCAUACGGCUGGGUCACGGUCAACUAUCUCCUAGAGAACUUCAUCAAGUAUGGAUUUAUUGGACGGUGGAUGAGCCCUGGCAGAGCCACAGUGGGAGCCCUUGACCUCGGGGGGGCAUCUACGCAGAUAACAUUUGCCACACAGGAGCGAGUGGAGGGGAAACAAAACAUGAUGGAGAUGCGUCUUUAUGGCCAUAAGUACUCCCUGUAUACACACAGCUUUCUCUGCUAUGGGAUUAACCAGGUCUACAACAGAAUGCUGGCUCACCUUGUAAAGUCUCAGGGUUACGUGCAGUCGGUGACUAACCCAUGUUACCCUCCCGACGUCAACACCACGCUGAAAAUGAAGGAUGUUUUUAGCUCUCCUUGCACAGAGGAGCACAGACCAAAACCCUACAACCCAGAGGGUACUCUGACGGUAAAAGGCAGCGGAAACUAUCAGCAGUGUGAGGAAAACAUGUCUAACAUGUUCUCCUUCGAAGAUUGUCCGUUCUCACAGUGUUCCUUCAACGGAAUCUCUCAGCCGAAUGUCACCGGGAACUUCAUGGCGUUCUCUACCUUCUUUUACGUUCACUCAUCCCUGCGGAAAUUGACAGGAAAGCCGGUGAACACGCCGCAGCAGCUGCAGGAGGCGGCGCAAACAACGUGCAGCAUGACUUUGAGUCAAAUGUCAAAUCAGAUUCCAGAUCAGGGUCCUCACUGGAUGAACUACUGCACUGCCUCUGUGUUCAUAAAGACACUCGUGCUGAGGGGAUAUGCCUUCGAUAACUCUACAUUCCCACAAAUCUCCUUUCAGAAAAAGGCGGGGGACACCUCGGUGGGGUGGGCUCUGGGCUACAUACUGAACUUAAGUAACCUGCUGCCUGCAGAGAAAGUGGGGCUGAGAAAGGCCCUGACCCCAGGAGUGUGGGGGACACUCAUCUUUCUCUUCGCCCUGCUCGUCGCUGCAGCUCUGGGUUUCCUUCUGUAUCGAGUUCAGUCUGAGAGGAAGGACAGCGAUGAGGGCGCCAUCUGAACAGCGAGCGCACACAGAGCCAUCGGGGAAGAGCAAGCCAGUGUUCAAAGCACUUAGCCUGAUUUCAUGUUGACAGAGAAAAAAAUACAUUUUUGGCUUGUUCUUUAUGUGGGUAACAUAGUUGUCAUAGAGUUCCUGUGUGUUUGAGGGUCCUGAGACUGUGACCAAAAUUACCCUAAACCCGCAUAAAGAGCAUUUUAAAAUACUAGUAUACAGCUCAGCUGCUUUAAAACUUGGGUUUUUUAAUAAUUCCACCCUAAGGAGGAAGUGAAAAAACAUUCUAGCUCAUUUAACAUUGUUGUAAAGUUAUUUCUCUGUUACAAUAAAAAGAUAAGAAUGUUUUUCAGCAUAGCCGAUAACAUUCUUUAAUGUAAGAUUUUUCACUGGAACAGUUUGAUAAAAGUACUUGUGUGUGUGUGUAUCUAUCUAUCUAUCUCUCUCUCUCUCUCCAUCUGUAUCUAUCUAUCUCCAUCUCUAUCUCUCUCUCAUUUAUAUUUAAAGCCCCACCUCGAUUGAGUGUUUUUGUUUCUUAAUAAACAAGCAAUUGUAUUUUUUUUUUUACACAUGGACUACAACUACCAGAAAGUGUGCUGUCAGAUGUUUGCGCUUGCUGUGAAUAGAAGUCCUUCAAAAUAAAAGCCGCAAGUGAAAUCUU